AUGAUCACAACACGGCUACAUGCAGUGCUUGUCCUCCUCCUCUUCACAAGCACAACUCUCUCCCUGGUCUUGCCUCACCCCGACAGCAGCACAGGAUUAACCCACUCAUCUUCAUCGUCUUCAACAUCUUCAUCAACAAACGACCUCACCAAAUUCCACACAGUGAAAACCCCAAGCAACAGUCUAAUAUGCCACGCUAACAAUCAACGCAUGUCUUGCUACGGCGGCAUCCCCGUAGCGCUGCAAACAUGCAGAGAGAUCUGCAUAUGCGAGAACGGCCGCAUCGCGUGUCCCGCAUACAAAUACUGCGACGACGCGACCAUGGACACCUUCUGCGGUGGCAUGUGUGGCUGCAGCAUGUCGAGCUCUAGCUCUAGCUCGAGUUCGAACUCGAACUCUCCGCCGAGGAGAGUACGGGGCAGCACCAACGUCGACCGCGACGAUGACCACCCUCAGCACCAUGACCAUAUGAUGUUCUCCAGACACCGGCACCCAGAUGCGGGGUCGAGGCAGCUGUACGACGAAGAUGAGGACGAUGACCGGGAGGACGAGGACGAUGAAGGCAUGUUCAACCGACGCGCGAAACGCGUUGUUGCGGAACCAGCUCCUGUUGCCGCAAAUAUUUCAUGA